CACUCAAAGGCGCACACAGUGGAUGUGCUACCCAUGCUCCUCUCUUUUGGCAGUUUCUACAAAUACGUGGAUAUUUCCAACCUUGGCAAACGACUAACGGACUGAGGCCUAACCAAAGCACAAGAGCUUCUAUCAAUUUUUAGCAUCACCCUAAAAGCUUUUCAAGCCCUCACUUCUUCCAAUUCCCACCAGUCUCCUCCCCGACUCCCCCUCCCGACCCUCGGCCUCCCCGAUGCCUAAAAACAGCAAGGUGACGCAGCGCGAACAAAGCCAAGAGCAUGUCACAGAGUCGGUGGCUGACCUGCUCGCGCACGAGGAGCCGGUGGAUUACAAGAACAGCUCGCUGAACGUCGGCGCCGCAGCCGGAAAGAAAGCGCCGCAGAUAGAGUUGCCGGAAAAUGAUGGCCGCCCAGCUUGGAACAGCAAGCUGCAGUACAUCCUGGCGCAGGUGGGCUUCUCCGUGGGCCUGGGGAACGUGUGGCGCUUCCCCUACCUGUGCCAAAAGAAUGGAGGAGGGGCUUAUCUCGUCCCGUACUUCAUUCUCCUGCUUGUCAUCGGCAUCCCACUCUUCUUCCUGGAGCUCGCAGUGGGUCAGAAGAUCCGACGCGGGAGUAUCGGGGUGUGGAACUAUGUGUGCCCACGUCUGGGCGGGAUCGGGAUGUCUAGUUUGAUGGUGUGUGGCUUUGUGGGGCUCUACUAUAACGUGAUUAUAGGCUGGAGCAUCUUCUACUUCUUCCAGUCCUUCCAGUAUCCUCUGCCAUGGAGUGACUGUCCUAUCAGGAAGAAUGGAACACUUGCGAUCGUGGAGCCGGAGUGUGAGAAGAGUUCGGCCACCACUUACUUCUGGUACCGCCAGACCCUGAACACGACCAGCACUAUCGCAGAGAGCGGUGGCCUCAAUGUGAAAAUGACUUUAUCUCUGCUGGCCGCCUGGAUCAUCGUCUGCCUCGCCGUCAUUAAAGGGAUUGCCUCUUCUGGGAAGGUGAUGUACUUCAGCUCUCUUUUCCCCUACGUGGUGCUCUUCUGCUUCCUGGUUAGAGGGUUGAUGCUGAAGGGAUCUGUGGAUGGCAUCGCGCACAUGUUCACUCCAAAGUUGGAGAAGAUGCUGGAGCCCCAGGUGUGGAGAGAGGCAGCCACCCAAGUGUUCUUCGCUUUAGGUCUGGGCUUCGGAGGAGUGAUCGCGUUCUCCAGCUACAAUAAAAUAGACAACAACUGCCACUUUGACGCCGUGCUCGUCUCCGUCAUCAACUUUCUCACGUCCAUACUGGCCACGCUGGUGGUGUUUGCCGUACUGGGCUUCAAGGCCAACAUCAUGAACGAGAAAUGCGUCGUAGACAACGCUGAGAAGAUUGUCGGAUACCUCGACUCAAAUGUUCUGAGUCACGAUCUGAUCCCGCCGCACGUCAAUUUCUCUCACCUCACCACCUCUGAUUACGCCGAGAUGUAUCAGGUCAUCAAGACGGUGAAAGAGGACAGCUUCUCCCAGCUGGGUCUGGAUCCUUGCCUCCUGGAGGACGAGCUCAACAAAGCUGUUCAAGGCACCGGUUUGGCUUUCAUCGCUUUCACGGAGGCCAUGACUCAUUUCCCCGCUUCGCCGUUCUGGUCCGUCAUGUUCUUCUUCAUGCUCAUCAACCUCGGACUGGGAAGCAUGAUCGGCACCAUGACCGGAAUCACCACGCCUGUCCUCGACACCUACAAGGUCCAAAAGGAGCUUUUUACAGUGUGCUGCUGCAUUGUGGCCUUCCUGUGCGGCCUGCUUUUUGUUCAGCGCUCAGGGAAUUACUUUGUCACCAUGUUUGACGACUAUUCCGCCGGCCUGCCUCUCACUGUGGUGGUCAUCCUGGAAAAUGUGUCGGUGGCUUGGAUUUAUGGCACUAAAAGAUUCAUGCAGGAUUUGGAAGACAUGUUGGGAUUCCGGCCUAACAUCAUCUACUUCUACUUAUGGAAGUACGUCUCCCCGAUCUGCCUCAUUGUGCUCAUCUCGGCCUCUGUCGUAGAAAUGGCGAUCAGCCCGCCUGGAUACAACGCGUGGGUGCAAGAAUUGGCCCAGGAGCGCUUCCAGAGUUACCCCACAUGGGCAUUGGUCAUGUGCUUUGCUCUCAUAGUGGUAGCCAUGCUUCCCCUCCCCAUCGUCUUCAUCGCCCGUCACUUCAACCUGAUGUCAGACGGCUCCAACAAGCUUUCCGUGUCCUACCGGAAGAGCAUGAUGAAGGAUAUCUCCAACCUGGACGAGCAAAACGAGUCCAGGUUCAUACUCGGCACCAAACCUGGCCAAGUGCCAGGCUCACUGGCGGCUGGUAAAGCCUACCUGGCUCCCGGUGGAAACAAACCCCUGGACCCCAACUCCUUAUCUCCUAAAAGCUGCUAUGGAACGGGUUACCAAAAUGCCGCUAUCAGCCCGACCACACCGACAACUCCUACCACACCUGAGUCAGACUUUUGACUGAAUCAUCACUAGUCCAGUUUACCGUCAGGGGGGCAAGAGUCCCUACCACUGCCCACCGUAAAAACACAUUUAUAUAGCUGCAAAUCACUGAAUCCAUGCACCUAACAUCAUAAUUUCCUUUGCCUUAGCACAAGGAACCUCAGACAUCAAUGAAGCACCACUCACUAGUACCGAGGCAAACAGCCCCUAGACAAAGGCUGGCUUUGUGUUGCAACACAGUCGAGGUUAUCACUGCAGCGACGUCAGUGUGUGCGUAUGUCGUAGCACCUCUGAACAGAUGAAAAUUAAUGUAUAUAUUUGCAAAGCUCUUGUGGAUCAUAAACUACUGUACUGUACUCAUAUUUAUUGUACUUCCUCAAAUAGUGGCCAAGCACAUAUUUUAGAUUUGAGAACUUUCAAGGCACAUCAGCAAACAAAAACAAGUCUAUACAUAAUUAAUGAUGAGCUUGUAUUGAUCUACAAAUUCAUCAAGUGUGAUAUUUGGUCCUGUUAAAACAAAAAUUGUACAAAGCUAUAAAAGAUAAUCGCCAUCUAGCGGAAGAGCAUAUCAUUGCAGAUGACAAAUUCUGCAUUCAAAUGGAGUGUCUAUUAAAGUAGAGGCCGCUAUAUGAUGAACUACAGUAUUUUGUAUCACAUUCCUGUGUCCAGUCUAUUGUUCAAUGUGGAUUUGGGGACUUACUGUAAUAUAAUGUGUUGUAUAAUCCAUUACACAUCAUCAUAGUCAGAACUCAUUAAUUCUAUUUUAUACACACCAAAGAAUUACAAGCACACAGCAAAACACUUGAAAUGUGAAUGUUCAAAUAUACAGUGCUCAAAAAGCACAGAAAGUUUUCCCGCACACUAAAAUGCACGAAUGACACUCUCAAAGCACUGAUUUUGUCUUUUAAUCCAACUAUGAGGCACAAUUACUGAGCACUGUAUAUUCAGUACGUGCACAAUUAAUGCUCUGCGCAGACACACUACAGCAGUCACCGUAGAUGACAUUCUAUACGUUUUCAAAAACUUGAUCAAUGUACACAAAUUACUACACUUCAAGCGACAACUUAAAUCUGGUGUAUACGUAAUGCAUUCGUCGCCAACUAGCACAAACAUGUCAAGCUGGAAUGGUUAUUAAAUUUCUGUACACACUGCAUUGUUGAUGAUUGUAAAAAGAAAAAAGCUAAUUAAAUCUUCUGUUAGAUAUCUUUAUUUUCUUAACUCAUAGUUAAAGCUGGUCUAUUAUUAAAAGGAUUAUAUUUAUAUUCCUGUAUAUUUGCGGCAAAAGGAGAUUUAUCUGAUAGACGAUGUAUAUUUUCACUUUAAUUGUACAUUUAAAGACUAUUUUGUAGUUUGCGUUGUUGUUGGCUGGUGAAAGUGUCACAGUCAAGCCCAACUAUACUUUUUCCAUCGAGUCAAGAUCCAACGAAGGCAAUGAUUGUAUUUACUUGCUCCAUCCAUUGUUUCUCUUCCAUUGUUGUGGUUAUAGUGAAGAUAGUCUCAUGAGGCACAUUUGUGUGGCUUUAAAAAAAUAUAUAUAUUUUUUGCUUCUCAUUGCAAGUCUGGGGGAAAAACAUGGCAAUGUGUUUGCAAUAAUGUAAAUACUGACAUGUAACCGUUUUGUUGAAAAUAUUAAUUUGAUUACGGGACCCAUCAGAUCACCAUUUAUUGCUAAGUCUUGCAUAAUAGAAUAAUGAAUGUUAGGAAUACACAAGGACCUAGAAACCUGUUAGUGUUUUAUGUUGUCCUCAUAUGUGCACAAGCAAUAAAAAAAAAAAACUGCAGAAUAAAUGUGGCUUAGGGGGGAAAUAUAUAUGUCUAAAUCACAGCUAAAUUGCGAUCUUUAACCUACAUAUGCUCCAGUGUGUGUGUUUUUGUGCACUUUAUAGAAUAUCCCCUGUGUGUCCAGGGACUUGCUGAGCACACGUCCCCUAAGUUACAUUCUCCUCAGUGAUGAUGAUUGUGUUAUGAACAUUACUGUACAAAGAAAGUGUGGUUUCACUACAAAUAUUAAUAAAUAUUAUAAGAAUAUUG